UAUGUCAUCAUCACAGUCAUUCGCUACACUGUUGUCGUUGUCGUGUUCGAGAGAUUCACAAAAAUGGAGAACAUUACAUUUUCUGGGAAGUGUGUUCUGGUGCUGUGGGCAACAGGACAGGACCCUGAAAAUGUGAAAACACUUGUUGACAAGUUGAAUAUAUCAGUCGGCGAAGGAGGUUCCGUCAAGGUGGAGAACAUGCAAAGACUUCUAUUGUCCUCGUAUUCAAGUUCUAUGUUUGAUGUAGCUCUCUUAGGCACCUCAUCUCCUCAUGUCUCACACAGUCUAGAAAUUCUUGGAGAAGUACUGAGGAUUCUGAAACCUGAUGGUACAAUGGUUAUUAAAGAACCAGCUGAAACAGGUAAUAGCAAUAAUACUCAAAAAGCAAGUGCACUGAUUGGCUCACUCAAGUUGUCGGGUUAUGUCAAUCUUUCCGAGGCCUCAGUUACCAAAAAUGGUUCACAACCUGUUGUUGAGAUAACCUGUAAAAAGCCUGCAUUUGAAAUGGGGUCUUCUGUUAGUCUGCCGUUGUCAUUUGCAAAGAAAUCUCAAGGUGUAAAAACAGUAGAUACAAAUGUUGCCAAGGUGUGGUCACUCUCAACUAAUGACAUAAUGGAUGAUGACUUGGAUUUAAUAGAUUCCGAUGACCUUUUACAGAAGGAUGACCUUAUAAGACCUACUGCUGAAUCUCUAAAAGCCCCUGCAUGUGGACCUUCAUCAGGGCGAAAGAAAGCGUGUAAAAACUGUACAUGUGGAUUAGCUGAGGAUCUUGAUGCGGAGAGUGAAGGAAGGACACCUCAACCCAGAGCAGCAACCUCAGCGUGCGGUAGCUGCUACCUAGGAGAUGCUUUCAGAUGUGCGAGUUGUCCAUAUUUGGGUAUGCCAGCAUUUAAACCCGGAGAGAAAAUAAGUCUGAGUGCAAGGCAGCUAAAUGCUGAUGCGUAGAUGACAAGAUAAUAAAGGAAUUGUAAACACCUCAUUGAAAAGAAAAUCAAAUACUUAGUGCACAAAUCACCCUUUAUUACAUGAGACAUUUCAUAAUGUAAUUCAUUAGGCCUAAAACCACCUCGAGCAAUGAGGAACGGAGCAAUCUGAACGGAGCUCAAUUUGUGUACAGCUGAAGGAGAUCCCUCUAAUGUGUCCAGGCAAAAAUGUGUUUUCUGAAAUUUUCAAAGAGAAUAUUACAAGCAAGAUACUAAUAAUUUUUAAUUUAUACAGGAAUUUAUGCAUGAAAUUUGAAUUAGCAUAACUGUGUGACAAUUUGACUGCAUAUUCCAUGACUACACAUGGAAAUAAAACAGAAACGAACUAUAGAUUACUAAAUAGGGCCUGCUUUAUACAAUACCAAGAAAUUGUACUAUACACAACACUAUAUUGCACCACUUUACACAUUUAUCAAAUUCCCUUUAAGUGGAACUCUAGGUUCCAUCGAGGACCUUCCUACCCCUGACUGCACUUUAGACUCUAAAAACCUUUAGGUCUGGUAAAGCCUUCACUAUCAAUUAUAUUAGUUGAUGAAAUCGUAUUAGCCCAUUUAGAAAUUGAAUCAUUGAACCUCUACCGACUUAGGUAUGAUACCAAUUUAAUAUAAAAGUACAUCUUUUAGCUAUUUAUGUAUAUUAAUUCAAUUUAGGCAUUUUACUUAAUGUUUGUGAGAAGGUAACAAUUUACAAUCAGGAACAGAUUCAAAAUUUUAAACAGUUGAAACGGCUGUGUGUGGUCACCACUGCACUGUCACAAACCAUGAGAUUUUCUUAAGGAAUAGAAGGAAAUAAGUUUAAUAAAUGUAAAUUUUUGUAAAAAUCCAGUAA